AACGGAGUCACAGCCUGGCUACAUAAGAAGAUACCAUUGCUCCAUUUCUUCACUCUGAACUGCUCUUGUGUCUGUAAAAUUUGAGAGCUGUCAUUUGAAUUGUUAAUUUGAAUCCGGGCACGUCAUACGAUGGCUGAUAAAAUGGAUAUGUCCUUGGACGAUAUCAUCAAGCAGAACCGGCAACGCGGUGGAGGCCGUGGCGGGAGAGGCGGGGGUCGGGGAGGAUCUGGCGGAGGCCGCGGUGCUGGAGCAGGCCGACUCGGGGGAAGCGGCUUUGGGGGACGCGGAGGCGGCGGCGGCGGCGGAUCGGGCCCAAUGCGGAGUCGUCAGAAUCUCAGCCGGGGAAGAAGCAGCAGACCUACACCGUACAGCAGGCCAAAGCAGCUUCCAGACAAAUGGCAACAUGACAUGUUUGACAAUGGAUUCAGCAGCGGAGGAGGUGGAGGUGGCGGCGGUGCUGGAGUAGAGACUGGUGGGAAGCUUUUGGUUUCCAACCUUGACUUUGGUGUUUCUGAUGCGGAUAUCCAGGAGUUGUUUGCAGAGUUUGGCACCCUAAAGAAAGCAGCAGUACAUUACGACCGGUCGGGACGGAGUUUAGGGACAGCAGAUGUACACUUUGAGAGGAAAGCAGAUGCAUUAAAAGCAAUGAAACAGUAUAACGGGGUCCCUCUUGAUGGUCGCUCAAUGAAUAUUCAGCUAGUCACGUCACAGAUAGACACACAGAGAAGACCACCAGUCCAAAGUUUAAGCAGAGGUGGCAGUGGUGGUGGCAUGAACAGAAACAGAGUGGGUGCUGUUGCCGGUGGCUUUGGAGGCCCUAAUAGACGUGGUGGUUCUAGAGGCAGAGGAAGAGGAGGCAGAGGAAGGGGAGGCAGAAGUGAAAAACAGCCGCUGUCUGCAGAGGAGCUGGAUGCACAGCUGGAUGCUUACAAUGCAAGGAUGGACACCACCUAACAACUUCAGACACAAGAUCGGUGCGUCAAUUGGACACGGAGUGGCAAAUUUGUUGUACAUGUAGCUGUUUUUUGAAUAGGUUUUAAACUCAUGUAGUUGUCCUCUUCUUCUUUUUUUUUUUUUUUUUUUUUUUUUUAAAGUUUUGUACUGAAUUUAUUUUUUGGGGGGGGGGGGGAUUUUAUUGGUUGCCUGCUACUGUGGGAAGUGUAUAGGGGGUAUGCUUGCUCCCACUCAUUGUAAUAAACCUACAGUGUAUAUUAACCAAACACAA